GGCGGCAACUAAUCCACAGUAGGGGAAUGCCAAGUAUGUCAUACCUGAAGUUUAUGUAUUGGUGAAUUUGCUAAUCCUCACAGAGCCCACAUCAAGAAGCUUCCGUCAUCUGAUGAAGUGAACGGAUUUAAAUCUGAAUAUAGCUAGGUGAGCUGCAGGAGUCGAAGAUCCUUGUAAACAAACUUUUUUUUAGGUGCAGGAGAAUUCAAACCAGGGUCCUACUUCCUGUCGCUUGAUAAUAUGGGUGAAUUACCCCGGGUCCUGACCAAAUGCAACUAAACAGUGGAGGGUGCGGCAAUAAGAUUAAUUUCAUCCGAACUGCUGAAUUAUUUCAAGGUAAUGACAGGAAAGUCAAUCUUUAAAGCCAUCUGUAGUGCACAAAGAUGGAAGAUGUUGCAAAAAGAAGAAGUACUGAUUGCAGAGAGAGUUCUACUGAAAUACUUACCCAGGAGUUUUCAGGUCUAUGGAUUCUUACAUGCUUUCAAUAGAAACAAGCCAAGUAAGGUACAGUUUGUUGUUGAUCAGUGGCCAGAUUUUCAGGUCAUCAUGUCUCGUCCUGAUCGAGAGCAAGAACUUACGUUUGCGCCAGAGACGACAAUUUACUGCACGGAAAAGAAGGUUUUGAAAAAAAUGCUAAUGGAGGAAAACAUAAUCGACUGGAGCACUUACAUUCCCGGAGGGUGUAAUGUUUCUUUCACGUCCAUGCUCAGCGAAGUUUCAACCAACAGAAAAGUUAGCUACAGACGCCUGGCAGUGACACAUUCUAUGUAUCUGCCAAACAGUAGCUUUCUGCUUAAACCAACAUUUGGCAGUGAGGUUGAAUCCAAGAUUUCCUCUCUCAAUCUCUCCCAUGUUGACCUGGUGAAUCGAACCUGGAAGUAUGGCGGGGAUGAACGUGGAUACAACUAUAUUACGUUUCUCAUCAGCAAUUUCCCAUCAUACUGCAUCACUGAUGAUCAGGGUCAGCCAGUAUCCUGGAUUCUGGUGUAUGACUACUUGGCAAUUGGGCUUAUGUAUACGCUGCCCAAGUAUAGACAAAAAGGCUAUGCCACAGUGUUGGCCCACGCCAUGGCCCGAAAACUCCUUGCUGACGGUUACCCAGUGUACUGCCACAUUGAGGAGGCGAAUAUUCAAUCCAAAAAGAUUUUUAAAAACUUGGGAUUUACUGAGGAUCCUUCAUAUAGAGAUGUGUGGUUUGAGUACAACAUCUAACAUGUUUGUCGUGCAUAGAAGCUAACACAUAAUCACUCUUCUGAUGCAAUUUACACAAUAAUAUCAUGUGUUGUGGCAGGCACUAGGACCAUGCUCACACUCAGCAGAAUGGGUGUGGUUUAUCUCUUCUUGGAGUACUUAAAAGUGCAUAUUGUGUUGCGUUGUUUCAUUCUCAUGGUGGCAGUCUAUCAAUAAAGACCUGAAAGAAACAA